UAAAAUGUAUGUAAAUUUGGAGGAUACACUAGUUUGCUUCUCUUAAAAUAGGCAUUCCAGGAUAUCUUUUAAUUAUUUGGAACAUGAAACCGACCGUGACACUUGUUCUUGUCCUGACUUUCUGUACAGUUCAUCUAGGACAUGCGGACGUCACACAUGACUUUGUUUUGCAACUACUGGAAAACGUACGCAACAGAUAUGAGUCCAGAAAAGGUCUUCAACAAACAACUAGGAAAACAGGUCUUGCAUGUGUGGAAGAUACUUGGCAAGCUAGAAACUGCUUUAAAGUCGACGAUUCAGCCUAUUCCUUCUGUCUCUUAAAAGAUAGAACGAGAGAUAUUGAAUCGUAUGCUACUACUUUACGAUCAUCCGUUGGAGACAUAUUCUGUGGUGUAUGCUGUUCUGUUGUAGAAAAGGAAAGGGACCGGUGUAAAAAGGUGUUUUGCUCAGAUGAUCUUACUUGCUGACGUGUUGUGUAACUGAAAAUAUAAAUAAUAUACAGAUAUAUAGAUAUUUUAUAUAUAGAUAUAUAUAACUUAAAUUAUUAAAAAGGAAUAAUUGUUAA